AUGCCCUUCAUCACCGACUUCCAACUGCCCAGCUCGGCCGCCCAGCUUGAAUUUCCCAAGGAUGCCCAAGCGUUGUUCAUUGUGUUUGUGACCUCUGACGACCCGGUGACGGGUCAAUCCUGGUGUCCGGACGUUCGUGCCGCCUGGCCCGUCCUUGAAGCCACGUUUUCCCCGGCGGACGCACCCCGGCUGGCUGUUGUCGAGGUGGGACAAAAGCCCGAAUGGAAAGAUCCGCAGAACAUCUACCGGACCAACUGGAAGGUCCCGUGUAUACCGACGUUGAUCCGGUAUGAACGCGUCCACGAGGAGACGGUGGAGACAGGAAAGCUGCUGGAGGGGGAGAUUCUGGAUCAGAAGAAGUUGGGCGAGUUCAUUGGACGAGCACUGGUAUAA